UACGGAAUUAAUCAUUUAUUAUUUCUAUUGUAAAAGACAUGCUAAAUGCGUGAGAAAAGUUGUUAAAAGUCACGAAUAUGAAACCAGUACCUAACUAUGCCAAAAGCCACUAGCAAUUUUAGCUAUAAGUGAGAUAGUUGUUGGGUCACGAAUAUGGGGAAACAAGGCUCUAGUGGAGUGUGUUAUCAAUCAUUUAUAAUUUUAACUAAAAAGCAUGACUCCGAUUAUUCAACAACACGCAAUGCGCAUUCUUGCUUGCGGUUACAAGAGUUCUUUGUUCCGUUCCUACGCAACCCUAUGGUCACCAGAGGCAAGUCUGACUCCGCAGGUUCGGAUCAAAGCGCCUUUACAUCCUUCGCAACCCUUGCUCCAUCACUGGGAGAAACAGUUGCUCAUCAAGAAUCUCCCAAAUUCUAGUCGAUUUUCUCAAGAACUCGAGGCAUUAAAAAGGAUGGUUGAAAAAAAGGUUUGUACUCUUCUUGCGAAAGAUUAUGCAGCUCGUCUUCAUCUGAUUGAGUCAGUACUGUCGGGUUUGGAAGAAGCAGAAAAUUUCUUCAAAAGCAUCCCUGCGAACAUGAGGGAUCAGUACUCUAUUUACGCCACGCUCUUGACCUUGUACACGAAAUCUGAGAAAACACUUGAUAAAUCCGAGUCUACUUUCAAGAAGAUGAGAGAACUCGGGCUACUCUCGAAUCCUUCACCGUUCAACUCGAUGAUGUCACUUUACAGCCAUCUAGGAAAACCAAACAUGGUCGAUAAGCUAUUGUAUGAGAUGGUGGAAGGCAGCAAAGUGAAACCCAACAAUGUCACUGCAAACCAUGUUUUGAAGGCAUAUGCGGCGGUACCCGAUGUAAAGGCGAUGCAUAUGUUCAUGAGAAUGUGUGUUGGUGAAGAAGGACUCAAAGUGGAUAGAGACACGAUCGUUGAAAUGGCAAAGGCAUACGUUAGAGUCUAUCCGGAGAUGUAUGGUGGGAAUGCAAGAGAGAUGCUGCGCACUCUUUUGGAUGAGUGUAAGAAGAGUGAAGGAGGAUAUGAUCAGACCGUUAGCUCUUUCUCGAAACUUGACGAUGUCGAAGGAGAAGUAGGGCUGGGCAUUCGGGUAUUACCCAUUCGGGUUCGGGUA